AUGUCGCCAAAACAAGGGACUGGCACAAAAGUCUACAUCAAGUCCAUCACAGUUGUUAGUUUCAAGUCGUUUGGAGACACGAAGCAGCAUUUUGGCUUUGGCCCUGGGCUCAAUCUGAUAGCUGGGCCCAAUGGAGCUGGGAAAAGUAACGUUCUCGAUGCCGUGUCCUUCGCACUAUGCGCAAAGCCAGCUUCUUUGCGAGUUCAGCAUCUUUCUGAACUGCAAAGCACGGAUACGGAUGAGCCGUGUGAGGUGGAGCUCAAGAUUGCAAGCCAGAGCACAGGAGAGAGCCUCAGGAUCUUCACACUGGAGGCUCGUAUCUUACCAGAUUCAACAAGACAGUACAAGUUGGAUGGAAAGCAGAAGACCAUGAAAGAUGUCAAGGAGUUCUUACGGGACAGCCACCUACUGCUCGAGGACGCUUUUGCAGUCCUGCACCAAUCUAAAGUAACGGAGCUAGCCGACAACAACUCUGCCUCUGUCAUUGCUUCUGUAAUAUCGAGCGCGUCAGGUGCUGGGCGUUGGGACGAGGAGGUCAGCCGAGCCGUCGAGGAGAUCUCAAACACACGCAAGAGUCUCGCCGCUAUCAACCAGAAUGUUUCUCUCCUGGAAAAGGCUAUUGCGUUGGACGAAGAAAGAGUGCGAGCGAUGGAUCGAAAAAAGCAGAUCGAGCAUGAUCUAGAAGGCGUACAGACUCGGUUGAAAGAUUACGCCCUCAGAAAGCUCGCCAGCCUCCAGGAGGACACGGACGACACUAAUGAGCAACUAUCCAGAACGGAAAAGGACAAGUCGAGAUGGCUAGAGGAAAAGAACGCGAUAGAAAAGCUAACCGCAGCCACUCAAGGCAACGAGGAUGAAGAUACGAACUCCGUGGCAAAGGAGCGAGUCGAGCUCCUGCAGAAGGUGACUCAAGCAGAGGAAGAGCUUCAAAUCGAGAAACGCAGACUGGAACAGGGAGCGACAGCGGAGUUGCAGCUGCAGUUUGUCCAACUUCAAGUCCAGCGCUUCGAUCAAGCUCACGAGCAAGCAUUGCGGGCUCUUGACGAGAAGCAGGAGAUUGUCUCACGCAUGGAGCAAGACUUGAAGCGCCUUUCGCGGCUCGGAUCUCAAGGCGGAAGCAAAGGACAUAUCCAAGACAUCAUCAACGGACUAGAGAAUGAAAUAAGAGCGGCAGAGAUCAUCAAGAAGGAUCAAGCAAAGAGGGUGGAAGAAGCUGCUCUCGCAAUAACAGCAGCAGAAUUCAAGGCAGAAACGCUCCGCGAGAAGGUACGGAGCAGCAAGGAGCGGAACAGGAUUUUCGAUAACGAGCGCUCGAACGAAAUGAAUGUGCGCGCCGAGCUUGACGCUGAGCUGGAGCGCCUGUCAAACGAGAGAGACAAGCUUGAGAAGCUCAAAGAGGGGACAGAAAGAAAGGCUUGCGUGGCUUCUGCCUUACUUGGCAGGCUGAGCGGCGACGAGGCAAAGACUCCGGCGUGGAGCUUACACUCACUCUUCCGCUUCAAGUCCGAGGAGCGCCUUCAAUGCGAGCAGUACCUGGAAGCCCUGAGCGCAAUCACAGGGUCGCUUCAAAAUGUUUGCGUCGUGAGGACCACCCCGGACGCUGGACGGCUGCUAGAGCUCUGGCAGUCCACCGUUCGCGACAGCCCUUUCAGGCGCAUCUGGCCGCUCGACCGCCUGACAAGCCCUGAUGUCGCUUACAAGCAGAGAAAGGCCCAGGAAUCUUUCAAGUCCGGCGAAGUAACCCUUCCGCUCGACCUUCUCAAUUUCAGUCCUGAAUUCUCCAAGGCUCUAAAAAAGGCCUUCGGAGGUUACGUCAUAGCUGCCAACGAUCGGGUAGCUCGCGACCUGAUCUCGAAGCACGGGCUGUGGAACGUGACGUUGGAUGGCAAUGUUAGCAGAUCGGGCUCAGUGCAGGGGGGCUGGCGAGGAGCGUCCGGGACUUCUUUCAUUGGCAACAAAAUCAAGUGCGACUCCUUGUGGCGUGAAGUGGAGACAUCCAAAACGAGGUCUGGCGAACUCGAUCAGAAAAUCGAGCAUCUUCGCCAAGCGCAGGAGCAGAUUGCUCGGAAAGCGGUCGAGGAAGAAGCGCGCGUGCGCGCGCAGGAAGAAGAGAUUGACCAGCUGAGUCAUGCGGAGGUCGCGCUCUUCCAAGCGAAGCUAUCCAAAGAAGAGUCUGAGCAGAAGCUGGAGUCUCUAUGUCAAGAUCUCACGACCAAACAAGCACGCCUCCGGGACUACCAAACGUCAGAAGAGGCUGGAUCCGAAGAGGAGGCAUUUGCAAAAGCUCUGGAGGCCGCAGUGGACGAGGAGACGGCGCAGCAGAACGCGGUCGACGAAGUGCUGCGCAAACUGGAGGAAGCGAGAGAAGAGGAAGCUACAUUAAGGGAAGAGAUGAGCGUCGUCCUGGAUACCAACUCAGAAGAGCGCAUUCGAAGCACGACCGCGGCUCUCGAAGCUCACCGACAGGACCUGGCGCGCGUCGAAGCGCUCCAAGCUUCCCAACUGGUCGCCCGAAAGAAGAUGUUGGAGGACAGGGCAGUGGCCCUGAGGAGAGCGCAAGAGUGCGAAGAAGCAAUCAGACAGAGCUCAAAGGCGGCGGAAAAGCUAGAGAAGCAGAAGGGCCAACUGACAGAGAAGAGAAAGGCUUUGGAAGAGGAGAUUGCGGAGCUAGCGAACGAACAUGAGGACGACCAAGAAGCCCUAAAACUCAAGGAUCCCAUCGAAGACGAGAAACAGUAUGCGGCAGCAAAGGCACGACGGCGCCACCUGAUAAGCGAGAAGAAACGCCUGGCAGGGGAACAGCAGCGGGUCACGAUGGACGAGCAAGUGGCGUUCAAAGAGCGCGUGGAAAACCUGCAGGUGUUCAAAGAGAGAGCCGAGUCGAUACUGGUGUCCAUCGAGAAACUGAAUGAGGGCAUCCGCACGACGCGCGACAAGGUUCAGAAGGCGAACGAGGCGACCUUCAAGAGUAUCAGGACUAUGUUCAUCGAUUGCUGCAAGUCACUGCUGCCAGACAAAAGGGUUGAUCUCGUGAAGGUCAAGGAACACGUGGAGGACGGGGUGAAGUUUCUUUUCCAGAACGCAAGCACGGGCGUAGCCACCGGGCGCUGCAACCAAGAUUCGGAGUGGAAGAGCAACCUGGGAGAGCUGUCAGGCGGCCAGCGCACCAUGCUCAGCCUCGCUUUCAUCCUGACGGUCGCCAUGAACGGGCGGAGCUCCCUGUACAUCAUGGACGAAGUCGAUGCCGCUCUCGACGAGCAGAACCAGAGGCGCGUUGCUGCGCUCAUCAAGGCAAGCCCAGCACCACGUUCAAUAUUGCAGUCUAAAGACGUCAUCUCGAAGGAGAGCCAAGUGCUCUGCGUCAGCCACAACCGGUCGUUCCAGAUGUUCAGUGACACCGUUAUCCAGCUCUCGAGAAGGGAAGGUUCGUCGAAAGCGGACGCUGUCUUUGCUACACAGGCUGCCCAAAAGAAGCACCGGCAGAAGUGA